UAUUAUUAAUUUCCUCGAAAACAGACUCCCGCAUGGUUGCCAAACUGAUUUUUUUAUUUCUUAUUAUUGGAUUAACGUGCAUCCGCCUCCAAGCUGCAGCUUUAUCCUGAGAGGCCGGAGCUCUGUGUGUCUCUGCAGGGAGGAGUCCUCUGUUGUUUCACGGCCAGCAGAAGCCAGGGGAGCAUGUCUGCGUUUUAACAACCCGUCUCAAACACAAAGCUGUGCAGAGCAACAUAGAUGCACUCCUAAAGGAUGGAUGUGGAGGUGAGUGCUGGCAGGGACAGCACCUGGAGGAGGGCAGCAUCAGCAUCAUCAGCAGCAGAUGAUGAUGGUGGAGGUGGAGGUGGAGGAGGCAUGGAGGCUCAGGUCGUACCCCUGGAGCUCUACGACUCUGCAAGAGCCAAAAUAGACGCAAAUCUCCGCUGGUUGUUCGCCAAAGCUUAUGGUAUAGAUCACAUUCCUACAGACCUGCGGAACCCCUUCUACACCGACCAGUAUGAGCAGGAACACAUCAAGCCCACCAUCAUCCGCCUGCUGCAGUCUGGAGAGCUCUACUGCCGGGUGUGUGGGCUCAUCCUGCACGCUGAGCAGGCCGCCUCACUCCAAAGCCACCAGUCUGUCAUCCAGGCCCUGUCCAGGAAAGGCAUCUAUGUCCUGGAGACAGACAACACACCUGUCUCUGAUAUGGACCUCAGCUCGACUCCCAUCAAGAUGAGCUCCCAUGUCCACAUUAUUGAUGCCCUGAUGAUGGCCUAUAUAGUGGAGAUGAUCAGCAUAGAGAAGGUGGUGUCCAGUGUCAAGCGUUUUUCCAACUUCAGUGCCUCCAAGGACUUGCCUUUUGACCUGGAAGACGCAAUGGUGUUCUGGAUCAACAAGGUGAACAUAAAGAUGAGGGAGAUCAUAGAAAAAGAGCUGAAAAUGAAGCAACAUUUGCUGGAGUCACCCAGUCACCAGAAGCCUGAUAUAUUGCAUGCUCUGGCCAGCUACUUAUUGGAGCCUGUGGAGUACUCUCGCAUGGUGCGUUACCGCCGAGAUCACCUGUCGGGUCGAGCGCUUCAGCACUUCCCUCUGUUGGACGACCUGUUGAAGGAUGCGUGUGACGGCACAGCUCUGCUGGCUGUGAUCCACUUCUACUGCCCAGAACUCAUUAGACUGGAAGAUAUCUGUCUGAAGGAGGUCCCCUCUAUAGCAGACAGUAUGUACAACAUCCAUCUAAUACAAGAGUUUUCUCAUGAAUACCUGAACAAGUGCUUCUAUCUGAAGCCCGAGGACAUGUUGUAUUCUCCACCAGUACUAAAGAAUAACGUGAUGGUCUUCAUUGCUGAGCUCUUCUGGUGGUUUGAGAUCGUGAGGCCAGACUUUGUGCAGCCCAGGGACCUUCAUGAAAUCAGAGAUGUGAGAUUGCUGCUUCAGCCCAAGACUUCAAGAUCUCAUAUUCCCAUCUCCAACGUCACAAAACGUAGUUUCCUGGCAUCAUCAAACUCUGCUGACAUCCUGACCACGUCCCCGAGUCCUGACUUCAGCGGUAAACAAAGCCCCCUAAGCCCAUCUCACUCUUUACUUCCGCUGAGACAGAGACAACAGAAAGUGACUGAGGAGAGCACUUCAGUUCUGAGAAAUAGGUCCAACUCUGUGACACGGGAUGGGCAGCUUCAGGGCUCAAUACUGGCCUGGCCAGAGAGGAGGCAGAGGCCUUUAUCGCAGCCCGUCCCCUACGCCUUGCAUUGUCCCCUGGAGGACGACGCCGACAGUAUCAGCCUCGCUCGCUCCAUCAGCAAAGACAGCCUGGCCUCCAAUAUAUUGAGCAUUACCCCCAAACACAUGCUGUGCCCUCAACUGCCUCAACACAAGCUCAGUGGUCAAAGCCUGCUCAGUCACAUGCGCAUAGAGGAUGAAGAGGAGGAAAUAGAAGAGGAAGAACUUGUUGCUGUAAUCCACCCUUCUGCAUUUUCUCGAUGUCGACUUGGGAGUGACAUGGAGCAGGAUGAGCUUGAAAUUCCGAGUGCAACAUCCACCUCAAGGGUUUCCGGUACUCGUUGCUCUCCCCGCGCUGACGUGGGUCCCUUUCCUUCCCACCAAUCGGCAGACAGCUACUAUCUGGAACCUUUGAUGCCUGCCAUCACUAAGCCAGCCAAAGAGAAGAGCAUCAGCCUGAACAAGGAGGAGGAGAGUGGUGAGAGUCGCUGUAAAGGGACAGCAGCUGCUAGGAAAGCAGCCAAUAAUGUCCCGAGCACCUCACAGAGGAAACCCUCUGCGGCCGAGUUAAACAAGUGUACCUUUACGCCCAUACCUGUGGCGGAAUCCCUCCCUAGCUCCCUCAGGCCACCCACGGAGGGGUCGUCAGGCAUCUCUCAGUCUGAGAAGACGCUGUCCCCGGGCUUUUUCCUUCAUUUGUCAGGAGAGACAGACUGCCACACUCCUCCCUCGCCUGCGUUCGAAACAGGGCUUGACUCUGACUCUGACAUUGCCGACCUCGAGGAAGACGAUGAGGAGGACGAUCAGAUGGAGCUGAGUAAAGAAGUCGUGAGGAGAGGAAAGGGCAAAUUCUUAGAGGAAGGAGAGGUGUGUGAAUUUGGAGAGGGUGAGUCAGCCAAACUGAGAGAAGACUCGAAGGUUACUGAGCGGGACGACAAGGAAGGCGGCAGUGGACGCUCAAGCCCUUGCCACAGCACCGUGUCGUGGGCAAGCAGCUGCAGCGCUUCGUGCAGCACCAGUGUCAAGAUGACCAGCUUUGCAGAGAGAAAGCUCCUGAAACUUGGCCUACGUGACGGAUACUCAAGCACCAGCAGCUCUCAGAAGACGACACCAGAUGGUUCUGAGGUUGCCCCUGGCUCUCCCUGGCAACUGAGGAGCGACUGCGCCUCCAGCUGGCUAGGAAAGGAGCCUAGUUCUGUUUUGGGGAAGAACAUGGUGGCGAGUCCCCCAGUAGUGCCUUCAGAGCUGCUGCAACUUCACAUGCAGCUGGAAGAGCAAAGACGAGCCAUCGAGUAUCAGAAGAAGAAGAUGGAGACCAUGUCGGCACGGCAGCGACUAAAGCUAGGGAAAGCUGCGUUCUUGAACAUCGUCAAGAAGGGCGGAGGGAAGAGUGACACGCUUCCCCUCCCGCUGAAACACUCACAGCAAUCCUCGGAGCUAACAGACAGGGGUAAAAUAAAGACCCUGUCAUGUCGGGAUGACUCCUGUCUUGAUGCUCUGAAGGUGCAGGCGAAGGCAGGUCAAACAGAGGGAGGACAGAUGAACAGGAACAACAAGCUGUCCCAGGAUAACGUGGCUGAACCUGACUUGAAUGAGUGUUCCCACUCCAUAGAUCUCCUCAAUGAAGCUAUUAGCUCCAUCCAGCAGCAGAUGAUGCAACUUUCCUUACAGCAAGACCUGCUGAUGAAGCGUGUGGUGUCACCUCCAGAGCUGCCGAUGAAGCGCGCGGCGUCACCUCCUGAAAUUCCGAUGAAGCGCGCGGUGUCACCUCCGGAAUGUGUGGAAUCAAGCCCUUGCGGGAGCCCCAACACAUUAACACAAUCAACAUCCUCUACCUCAGACUCCAGAUCUUUUGCAGUUCACUUUGUAGAUAUCAGCGGCAGCAGCACUGCCCCUUCUCGACGUCCUCCCAAGCUCAGCUCCAGCCAACGCAGCAAGGCCUCGGAGCAAAAGCAAAGUAAAGAGAACAGCAAGAUGGCUUCUAUCAAGUCGUGUACUCAAUCACUGGAGGGCAGAGAAAAUUCCGGUAGAUUCCAGGAGAAGAGUAUUGUUGAGAGCUCCAGACUAGAGGGAAGCAUUCAGAGAAACACCACCUUCAGAGUCCGCCAUGACUCCGACCAACACAGCAGUGGAGAAGGAUCUGAGUGCUUCUUGGACAGUACAUUGAUGUCUCCCACACAGGAUGCAGGAUAUGAGGAGAGCAAAGUUGCCAACUCAGGGAAAGAGGCUGUGGGUGGAGAUGAAUAUACAAGGGUCAAGGGUCAACUGAUCGAGGUGGACCUAUCAGAGCUUAAUGAUCCCCUGGUGGAUGGCAGUGGGGAUGUUACAGACUGCACGGCAGAAGGCGAGCAGAAGAAUGUGAUAGGUUUCUUCUUUAAGGAUGAUGAGAAAGCAGAGGAUGAACUGGCAAAACGUCGUGCUGCCUUCCUCAUGAAGCAGCAACGCAAAGCCGAAGAGAAGAGACUACGCAAACAGCAUCAUGAAGUUGAGAGUGAGAUAAAACGUGAUGAGACCAGGCGCAAGGCAGAAGAGGACCGUGUUCGCAAGGAGGAGGAGAAGGCGAGACGAGAAAUAAUUAAGCAGGAAUACCUGCGGAGGAAGCAGGAAGCGUUGAUGGAGGAGCAAGGUCUCGUCAAGCCCCACCCACGCACUAAAUCCCGCAAGAGCAGACCUAAAUCACUGCACCGCGUAGAGUCCAACAGCCUCUCCAAAGGAUCCACCACACCUGAUCUGAGCUGCAAUCAUCGAGGAUCAACGCUCUCUUUGGCGACCGAGGCGGACAGCAUCAUCUCUGGAGGGGCGGAGUCCCACAGUGUGUCUUCCAGGGCCGGAUCUGUGUGCUCCAUGGAGUCGUUCCCCAUGCUGAGCAGGGCGUCGAGCAGGAACAUGGAGAGGGACUGGGAGAACGGCUCUAUAGCCUCUUCAAUCACUUCGACCGAGUACAAUGGUCCUAAACUCUUCAAGGAGCCGAGCUCUAAGUCCAACAAGCCAAUCAUCAUCAAUGCCAUUGCUCACUGCUGUCUGGCUGGAAAGGUUAACGAGGGCCAAAAGAAUGUUAUUCUGGAGGAGCUGGAAAAGUGCGAGUCCAAUCACCUGCUCAUCCUCUUCCGCGACGGUGGGUGCCAGUUCCGUGGCAUUUACUCGUACUCGCCGGACACAGAGGAGAUCAUCAAGUUCACAGGCACAGGGCCGCGCUCUAUCAGCCGGAAGAUGAUCGACAAGCUCUUCAAGUACAGCUCCGACCGCAAGCAGUUCAACCACAUCCCCGCCAAGUCGGUGUCGGUCACCGUGGACGCCCUGACCAUCCACAAUCAACUCUGGCACGUGAAGAGACCAGGGAGUGCACGGAGGAAGUGAGAAAGACGACACUAAUGGAGUAACUUCUGUUCUAUCUGCUACUGUUGGGCAGGACCCAAUGAUGAUGGACAUGUGACCAUGUGACUGACAGGGUGGUUAGAUGUUUCUAAAGAAUGAAGAUGUCAGUCUGAAUGUUUUUUUUUUUUCUUUUGUCUCUUUAGCUUUUUACUCUGCAUGUCACAAUUUUAAUUUAUGGGUCAUUCUACAUAAUUAGGCACUAUUGAUGAAGGACUGAUUCUUAUGUAGCAGUGAAGGGGUGAUGGAGCCUCAAGUCGAAAACCACUGUAUCUACUUAACAGUAGCGAGCAUACUACUGAUACCAAGUGCAACUACAGGCAGUGGUGGACAUUCACUUGAUAAUGCUAUUUCAGCUCGGCAAAAAAAUACCCUUCUGCUGUGAUUAAUCCAGGCUCCACAUACAGAGCCCCUAUUAUUCACCAGUAAACCCUACUGGUCAGUGCUUUUAGAAGAUGGAACUAACUUUUUUUAAUGUAAGGAUGGAAUGGAUGUUAGUGAGUGAUAAUGUCCAGUCUUGUUUUCUAUUAAGUGUGUUUGUGGGAAGUGUGUGAGUCUUUGUUUUAAGGAAGGGGAGAGCUGAAUGCACCCUCCUCUGCAUCCUGCUCUGAAUGUGUUCUCUCACUCUCUCGAUUAUGCUUUAAAACGACAACAGAACUAUGGAGCAAAGCAACAUUUUUUUGUUUUUGUUUGGGAGCUUUGUGCUGCUGUUACAGAGACGGAAGAGAAAUAAAGUUUUACAGAAGGGGGAAUUGUCCUAGUAUUCCAAACAGGAAGUGAUUUUCAGAUUCAGUGCAUUAUACCUUUUCAGUAGUGCAUUAUAUUGUAUUAACUUCAUACUUAUAUUCCACCACAUGUGAGAGCCAACUGAGUUCCCCUGGCUGGCUCAUGUUGCUGCACCAAAAUCAACUGAGCUUUGCCACAGAGCUGUUUGCUGCUCAUUAACUGCUCACUAGAUUCUAGUGAGACGUACGAUUUUAAUGUAGCUGCUGGCACUCAACACUGGUAAUUUGUAAUGAAAAAACCCUGUAAUGACUGGCUGUCAGCAGCGGGUGUAAUCUGGGGAGAAAACUGCACAAUACUUGAUAUUUGUUUGCUGCAUUUUGUACAUUUCUGAGUAGUAUUUUUUGUACAUUACGUACAAGUUAUGUUUACUAAGAAG